CCUAUUGUUACAUAUGAUAUUUUUUAUCGAUUAAUAUAAUCAUUAUGAAACUGUUUAAGCUCUUAAAAUUACUGGUCAUCUAAUUUUAAUAUUUACUAUCCAUCUCCCUCCCGUCUCUCUCCAUCUUCUUGUUCGGGUCAUCGACGGUAGUUUUCUUUUUUCCCCAAAUGCCAUCUGCCACUGUAGCGUACUACUGUCAACCACUACUCACUCAGCCACUGAUUAGCGCAAAAAUAAUAAAAAGGAAGAAAGAGAACACAAUAAAGAAUGGUGUUAGCUUACCGGUGGUGGAAGUCCGAGUGCCGAGGAUCCCAUUCCCAUCCAAAAAUCUGAUAGCUAUCUGUGGCCGAGGAGGGAUGUCGCUGUAGCUGGAGGAGAAUGGGCGGCUGCUUCAGUACUGGUGCCUACAGGCAAGUCUCUCUCUCCAAGGCGAAGGUGGCAGGCUCCACCACCGCUCCUCGCUGCCCGGCGGGGGCGAGAGAUCCACCGCUGGCGGAGCCCGAUCUGGAGGAGACGGUGAAAGAGGUCCUCUCCGAGACACCAAGACCGCCGCCACCAACCACGAGAUCAGCGGCAGAUCAGGCGCCUAGGCCGAAGGAGGUCGAGACCAUCGACAAGGCUCCCCUCCUAGUCGACAGCACCAAUGGCUGCGACACCAGAUCCGAGGACGCCUCCGAAGCCUGGAGCGUCAGCGCGAAGAGCGAGACCCAUUCGGCCUCCACGGCCCCGGCGGGGAAGCCACGAAGAGAUGCGGCAGAGGCCAGAAGGGGGGCAGCAAGGGAGGAACGGUCGCCGGCCAAGUACCAGAGGAAGCGCUCCGACUCCGGUGAGUUGGCCUGCAGGCGGGAUCGGAGCGUGGCGGCCGGGAGAUCCUCCCCAUCGCCGACGCCGAAAGGAUCCGACCACGCGGCCGCCGGAAGGACGGUGGAGAGAUCGGGCAAGCGGUCGGUGUCCCCGGAAGCGAAUCGAGCGGCGCAGGAGCUGCGGCAGAACGCGGGACGACGCAGAGCGUCGGCAGCAGCGGCAGCCAGGGCAAGCGGACCGAGGGAGCAGAUGCCGGCGGAUGAGGGAGGAAGGAGAUUGUGCAUGCAGGAUGUGGGGACGGUGGACGGCGGCGUGGCCGGAUCUGAAGCGGAGGCGAAGGACUCGCUGGAGAACCCCCUCGUCUCCCUAGAGUGUUUCAUCUUCCUGUAAUGUUAUCUUGACCAAGAACGACGAAAAAAAUGAGGUUAUUUACUAUUUGAAAUCUAAAUGAAAUAGGCGCCGGUCUUCUCUGAUUUCGUGCUGCUAAGGGCCGUCU